UGGAUUUCUGAAUUAGGCAGGGCAGCUUUAUUUGUAAAGCAUAUGUCACACACCAGGGCGAUUCAAAGUGCUUUACAGAGCUAUAAAAUAUAAUAAAGUAUAGAGAUUAACAAUAAAAGAGUGAAGAGAAAAUGAUAUGAAAAGGUAAAAUAAAUUACUAAAUGCUUUACAAUAAAAAAAUCCAUUAAAAUAGCAAAAAUACAGAACAAGAGGUGCAAAGAUAAAAAAAAAUAUUCAAAAUGAUUUAAGUUUUUGAACACUCCUGCACACUGCUCCUGCUCAGCUUCACAAUUUAUUACUAACGCGUUGGUCCUCCUGGACGUUCAUCAAGAGUGUUCAACACCAUUAUUUCCAACAUUGAGCUUAAAUAGAAACUGCCCCACCCAUUUCAUGGGUGUGCCCAGGUGUGAGGGAAUUAAUCAGCUGUGGGUGUGUCUCUCAAUAAUUGAAGACAGCCUGUGCAUCAUGUGUCACAUAUCCCAUUAACGAGAGAACAAUGGAACAAGAGGAACAUGGGAAAAAAACUCAAGCUCCUCACUCAAUAAAUGUCAUGUACAAGAUUAUUUACAAAAAAUGUUGAUCUUAUGAAUUAACACAUCAGCCUGGCAGCUUUCAUUAAUCAUUUAAAAUGUUCAACAUUGUAUAUUCUUAUGCCGUGUAUCAUAAAUGGGUCUUGCUGAGUUGAGAAGCCCAAAUCCAUUACAGCAUGACAUGCCAUCUCAUCAUUUAAUCCUUUGGGAGAUGAAGUUUGCAGAUUAAAUAUCCAGCAGCCUACACUUCUUCAAUGUUUCCACCUCUCUCUGGCAGAGGAACUUUUUCAGUGCCUCGAUAUCUAAUGUGAAUACUGUGACAAACCCAAUGUUGGUUUAGGAGUCCGGCAUCGGUCGUGCCUUCACACAAUAAUCACAGAUUAAUUAAUAAUCAAAGAACGUUGUGGUAUUCUUAAAGAUGAGAAGGCGUUUGACUCCAGCUGAUGUCACAUCACAGUGUUUACACAGUUUGCCAUCUGUAUCCUGCUGCUGUAUAAUCCUGUCAGACGUCAGGCCUCGACUCUCUGUUGUUGACAGCAGAUCAGCUGAUGUGGGUUACUGUCAGUCAGUAGAUUAGUCUUCCAGGUGGCGCUCCUUUAAUGUAACCAGCAGUGUCGGUCUGAACUUCACACACACCUGAGAGGAUCCUGACUGACUGACCGACAGCAGCUCCGAGACGACACAGUGUGCACUGAGUGGGAUGGAAGGCGUACCUCUGAAGAUGCCACAGGGUACCUCACAGGAAGUCAAAGAAGACGUUAAAGUUGUUGUCCCUGAUUAUCUCACCAUACUGCGGGACACAGAGUAUGAGUUCAGUCUGGAGAAGUGGGUGCUAACCGGGCUCCAGAGUGGCUUCACCAGCCAGCAACGCCCGCAGCUCUCCUCCUCUUCAUCAGGACUGCAGCCAUCUUGCCCGCCAUACUGGAUGAUGUUCAGCAGCCCGCAGCAGAGCCGCCUGGCCAGCCGCCACUGUUCCGACUUCUGGGAGCCCAAUCCUCGACAGCGCUCCUACAGCCUCAACCCUGCCGUCCUGCGCGCCAAGUUGGCCAUCUCCGACUCUGAGGAUGAUGGAGAGAGCGCCGCAGAGAAAGCCAAGUCAUGUUCGUCGGUGAAAGCCAGCUCUGGUGGAGAACGUCCUGCUGCUUUGUGUCAGCGUGCUCAGAGGACAGCACAGAGAGCCUUCGUCCCCGACCUCCUGAACCCUCCGACCUGCCUCAGCAGCCUGCCACACCAGCGCAGGAAGAACCUACGACAAUGCUCGCUGUCAGUGCUGGACACGCCCAAACACCACGAGCCCAACACAGACAGCCAAUCCAAGAGCCCGUCCCCACAUAGGGCCCCCACCACCAGGGCCAACACAGUCGACAGGCUCCCGUGCAUCAACGACCACAACAACAGAUACACAAAGUCUCUCAGCCCAGACUCCUGUAGAAACCCAUCCAUGACCUCAGCCGCCCCGGGUCUCCCCUCCUCUGGUUCGGACUCGUCAGUAGAACUCCUGUCAGCUCUGAGCCUGGAGGAGAGAGAGCUGCUGGCCGCCAUCACUGCCCGGGGUUACCCCCUCCGUACUGCCAUCAUCGCCCUGCAGAAGACGGGCCGGCAGACCCCAGAGCAGAUCUUGAGUUACCUGGUGGCGUGUGACCAUCUGUGUCAGCUGGGUUAUGACACGGUCCUAGUCGAAGAGGCUCUGGAGAUGUUUCAAAACUGUGAGACAAAGGCGGAGGAGUUCCUUCAUCUGCUGAACCAGUUCAAUGAGAUGGGCUUCCAGCAGAACGCCAUCAAAGAAGUGCUGCUGGUCCAUGAAAACCACCGAGAACGGGCACUGGAGGAGCUGAUGAUGCGUGUGGCGUGACGGCAGAUCAACACACACACACUUUACAUAACUCAGCUGCAACUUAAAAUACUGCAAAAUAUGAAACCCAUGUUGAUACGACGCGGAGAGAACAAGUCAACAAAGAUUAUUGUAGCUGAAGAUGGACGUGGCCUUCACCAAGGAAAAGUAUAUUGUUGAUACAUUACUUUAUACGAAUGAUGAUGAUGAUGUGCCCAUAUUGCACAUUUUUAUUCCUGUUAAUUAAAGGUAUACUAUGCAGGAAUUGUCAGUUACUGUUACAACUUAUAUGCACACUACAAACUGUUGUAGGAACGUUACAUUUGUUGUUCAAAAAAACAAUACUUCAGCAAGCUAACUUAUCUGACUGCCGGCAAACAGGCCACAUCGCUCUUCAUCUCCAUCCUCUGCUUCAGUGCUCGCCAGAGGAAGUAACGUCAACCCCCAGAUUCACUCUUGUUUUGGAACAAGCUUUGCUGUUUUGCCUCGCCAUAUUUGCUUUUUUUGUCACUGCGUCAGACUUGAGAUGGGAUCACUCCAGACGUGAUGCAGUGAUCCAGGACUUUAAGACAAAAUAAACCCUUUUUUGUGCAUAUAGUUUUGCUAGUUGUGCACUUUUAACUCCGUGGCUCACGUGGUCACUUUGUCUUUCUGUUUUCUUCCUUGUUGUAUAACACCCUCGUGAAGCACUUUGUGACCUAUGUCUGCGAAAAGCGCGAUAUAAAUAAAUUUUACUUGCUUACGUUUGCCAACCAGUGUGCUUGAAAGCUUCACUGCUUCAUGAAGCUUUAUCUGGCCGUCACUAGUGAAAACAACAUUAGCCAUCAUGAUGCUAUCGCAGCUGGUAAUGAAGAUAAAUACAUCGCCUCAUGCUUCUAGUGUGUCAUAAGUAAUGAUUGAGAGGAAUUAAGUUUGUAUGAGUAUGUGCUUUGCUUUUUUGUAGGACAAAUUCUGCAUAGUAUACCUUUAAAAUGUUGUUAUAUUGUAUUCAUGACGUCUCUGAGAGUAACUAAACUUGUGUUAUCUUUGUGACAGUCUCAAGUGAUCUGAGUAGUUGUAACUGUGACAGACUUAUUAAAGAAGUAUCAUGAA